AUGCAAAUUUCCUCUGUCGAUGACUGGUUUACAGCUAUCGAACGGGGAGACUGGGCUACGGUAGAGUCCAACGUUGAAGUAUUUCAUGGAAGCCGCAACAUGAUGCACGAAACUGGCUUGAUGUGUGCUGCCCGCAAAGACUUUGUGGAUGUGGUUAGAGUGUUAAUGGAGCAUGAGGCAAAGCUCCGAGAUCAUAAUGGAUAUACUGCUCUUAUGUUUGCGUGCGAAAACAAUGCAGCGGAUUCUGCAAGGCUACUCCUAGGUCUCGAAAAGCACAUCUUUUUAUUUGAUGGCCGGACAGCCCUUCACAUAGCUUGUGAGAGUAACUCAAACGCAUGCGUGGAGCUUCUAGCUAGAGAGCUGGGGAGUGUGCGUGAUAAGCACGGGCGGUCAAGCCUUUUUUCGGCAGCAGAGGUGGGCAAUACUACUGCUAUAUCCAUAUUGUUACUAGUAGCAUCCUUUUCUAAAAAAGAGAUUCAGCAAGCAAAAUCCACUCUCAAAAGUCUGGGGAUACCGUCUGAUGAGCUUCUUUUUGAUGAGCAUGCAACUUUGGACUCCAACGGGUGCGCAGAUGUUUCAGGUUCUCACCAGUGCCAAUGCGAGCAACUGCUCUCUGCUCAGGACACGCAUGACGGCGUUGUAUCUGAUGGCGGAUCAGCCAUAGAAGAUGUGGUUGAAACUCCAGAUCCUGUCAUGCAGUUGAAGACAGAACUUAAGCGCAAGACAGCAGUAAUAGAACAGCUGAAUGAGGAAGUAGAAGCCAUGCGAGCACAACUACAUAAUGCACAGCAGCUCGUAAAGCAGAAAAACGCAGAGGUAGAGGCUCAAAAUAUUGCAGGAGAUGUCUCAAACUCUAUGUCACUAUAUAGAUUUUUAUCUCUGACACCAGCAGUAGCACGUAUCAAUCUGACCACCGAACUCUCAAAUGUCCUGGUGGCUGUUCCGACAGCAUCACUUCCACAGAGGAUGGUGACCACCGAUGUCAUGUGGACAAGUGACGUGCAGCAUCUUCUUGAUACAAAAGCGCAGGAGUUAGCCAUGCUUUAUGACGUACUAACUAUUAUUUCGGGCCUCUUUCUUGAGGUGGAUGAGGACUUGGCGAAGGAUCUCCUUCUUCUCUGCCACUCUUCUCGUUCAGCUUCAACGACUUACUCGCUGUAUGACGGAAAUGUACGCCUGGAUGGCAUACUUAAUUGUCUGCCUGACACAGAGAAGUUUUCGGGAUCUUCGCCUUCUCUGCUCCAGCCUUUACUUAAAGGUAUUAAGGAGAAGGCAAAAGCAAUUGGAAAAAUCAGCAGUGCUCUCAUGAAGAAGGUUCAGUCUAUCUUAUGGAGAGAGCAGGAGCUCACAUCACAAGUAGAAUAUCUCGAAGAGGAACGAAGUAAUCUCUUAGACAAGCUUGUUGAGGCACGCUCAGUUAGGUGUGCAGGGAAUUUCGGGGCAAAUGGAGAACUGACCACAGACGAAGCCAUACAAGUCUCAUGUAACGAUAGCCUCUUGGAUAGCGUAAGAACCCUGCUCAGUGAUCACAAGAUAUUACUCCCGUGUCCCCAAUGGGACGACCUGCAUCUAGAGCAGUCCGCCGCCACUUUAGGAGGCGUUGCCAGCGCUAACGCUAGCAUGGCAGGAAUUGACCAAAGCAUGUCAGGCACCACCUUCUUAACACACGACCCUGGCGCAACGUCUUUUACUGCAUCGUAUACAACUGCGGCUCGUCAAACAGUUCAAAAGAAUUAUGCGGCGUAUGUACGCAGUCUGGAGAUGAAUGUAGCAAAGACAACAGCACAGCUAGCUAUAAUCCAUCAUAACUUGCAAUCUAGUAGAUGGAAUAUGACUGAUUUUGGUCCACUUCUAGCUGCCUCCGAAAGGCCCAGUGGCGUAGCAGAACGAUCGAGGGUAGUGACUAGUGAUCGAUCUACGUCUCCUGUUGCCGAAUUUGAGCACAAGGGGCUUAUGUUAGAGAACAAGCGCCUUAAUUCUAUUAUCGACGAGCUGAAACUAGCACUAAACAACACUCCUCUAGAAGCAAACGAAACAGAAGAAGAAUGCUUCGAGCGGCAGCUCCGCAGAUUGUCUUCAUUGCCACAGUCACAACUUACCGGAAAGGGUAUUGCAGUUGGUCCUCAGACCAUAGAGUACCUUCGAAGGAAGCUAUUAGCAGACAUGCAGCCUGCAGGGCCCGCUUUCCAUGUACCCAUGCAAAGACCUCCCUCGCAGGCUGUGCCCUUUAUAGGGUCUAUGGCCCCCGACGCUGCACGGUUGCAUGCCUCGUACGCUAAGCUUGCUCAGCCUGUCGAUACACUCUUAGAUGAUCUACUGAGUAGCAAUAAGCCAUUACUAGAAGUUAGUGCCAAGGCCGAGAUAGCAAGAAAGGAUUAUCUUCAUCUGACAUCAGGUUUGUUGCCUAAUGCCACUAGCAUCGAGCCUCCCUCUGUCUCCCCUGAGGAUGCUCCCAGUCACUCGUCUACCCUAUCUGGUGGUGUAGAGUUAGCCAGACGGUCCGCAACCCUGACUCCCCUGAUGGUCGCUAUUUAUUCUAAAUCGUUGCUCGAUGUGGAGAGAUAUUUAGACUAUGCGGGCCAAGCCAAAUUAGAUGGAACAACCGCCCUAAUGCUUGCAGUCGAACUAGGGUUUACUGAAGCAGUCAAGGUACUUAGAAACAAAGAGAGUCGGUUUGUACGUGAUGACGGAGUAACGGCUCUAAAGUUAGCUAAGGAUACUGGUCACAGUGAGAUUAUUGCACUCCUAUCCCAAAAACCAAAUGAAGAAACGUCUGAUAGCUCUCCAAAGAUCGAAGAUAUGCGACUGGAUUUGCACGAGGCUGCUAGAAACUUCCAAAUAGACGAGCUUCAACGGCUUGCUAUACCGCUAGCAAAAACCCGAGAUCAUAAGGGUCGCACGGCUCUUAUGGUGGCUGCAUCAGUAGGAAAUUCUGCUGCAGUUGAGACCCUAUUGCAGCUCGAAGGCGGGCUCCAAGAUGCACGCGGUACAACGGCCCUUAUGCUGGCUGCCGAGCAGGGUCACUUGGACUGUGUGCGACUCUUAUCUCCACAUGAAAAAGACAUUCAUGAUAACUCGGGAUACGACGCGCUGUUUUACAUGGCUCGAAGUAAGGUGUGCAUUCCACCGGAGAUCUUGCGCAAAAUGCAGGAGUAUCUGUUAUGA